AUGUUGAACGAGAUGACCGAUCGGCUCUCGAAAGUGCCGAACGAGAUUCUCGAUCUUGUCGUGAGCCACGUCCCCACGCUUGACCUUCCUAAGCUUUGUCUCGUUAGUAAAUCACUCCGUCGCGCGGCCGAACCCUUUCUAUAUUCUGUUAUUGCUUUUCGCUGGCUCGAUGACAGCACGCCUCCAAUCGUGCCUCUCCUUCGCACCCUCUUCAAGAGACCAGAGCUCUUUGAAUUCAUCGACACGGUGUCGCUCAAGAGCGACAUCAGGCUCCCUCGCCUAAAUACCCCUCAGAGUCCGGUCCAUCAGUUUUUCGAGGUCAUCAAACAGAGCCGGGUACCAUAUCGCAACGACUGGAUCUUGGAUCUGCAUACUGGACAAAUGGGUGCGAUUGCUGCCCUCUUGGUUGCCAAUCUCACCAGGACAACCCGUCUAGCUGUUGACCACGAUUUCAUCAGUGGCCAUGACUUUGUCGGCCAAGUUCUUCAAUCAAAAAUCUUCGACCAGCUGCCUAGAUUUAAGCGGCUUAAAGAAAUUCGAUAUGUCAAGAACUUGGAUUAUCCAGUAUCGGAGAGAAAUGAGAUGUUUGAGAAUGCGCUAUCUCUCUUUUAUGUUCCCACGGUUACGCAUAUUGUAGCCACCAUUUCGAAUCCCAAGACUUUCAGAUGGCCAAGAGGCGAGCCUGAUCUCGAUCACUUGGUAUCUUUAGAUAUAAGGUGGCUUAUCGAGCCAUGCCUGGGUAAAAUACUCGCCCUCACACGCAACCUGAAAUCACUCUCCUGGACCUGGAUUUACUGCGACAAUAGGUACGAGGGUUGGGAAACCGCAUUCCUCAACUUUGACAAGAUUAUCGAAACUGUGUCACAGGUCAAAGACACAUUGGAGACGCUGAAGUUUCGGACAGUCUUCGCGUCCGAUCAGGCCAUGGCGUCCAGUGACCUACAGAUGACUGUCUUGGGAUCAUUCAAUGGUCUCAGUGACUUCGAUCAACUAACCCAUCUUGAAGUACCGCUUAUAUGCCUCACAGGCAUUGAAACAAAUCUUAUGCCUCUGGAGUAUCAUCUCCCAGACGGCCUGGAAGCUCUCAUCCUCUUUAGCGACUUGGUUAAUGAUGGAAGAUUUAACCCAGAUUGGAUCAUGUGGGAUCACAAAGAGCGUAACUCGAACCAUGCUAUUGUCGAAAUGGUCCAAUCUUUGGCUGACGCUAGGCCCUAG